AUGGCGUGGUGGUGGGAGCAGGCGAUGGUGGUGGCGGUGGCGGCGGCGGCCGGCGGCGGCGGCGGCGCGGUGGUGUCCAUCUGCGUGUUCACGGCGGUGCUGUGCGUGUGCCUCGUCGUCGGCCACCUCCUCGAGGAGAACAAAUGGGUCAACGAGUCCAUCACCGCCCUCCUCAUCGGUUUGGUUGUUGGUGCUGUCAUAUUUCUGUUGAGUGAAGGCAAGAAUUCACGAAUCCUGAGGUUCGACGAGCAGCUCUUCUUCAUCUAUGUACUUCCACCAAUAAUCUUCAAUGCAGGCUUCCAGGUGAAGAAGAAACAGUUCUUUCACAACUUUCUCACCAUCAUGUCCUUUGGGAUAUUUGGCGUGUUCAUCUCAGUUGCGAUAGUUUCGUCAGGUUGUUACUGGUUCUUCCCAAAAAUCGGUUUUGGAGACCUCGACGCAGUAGAUUAUCUAGCUUUGGGAACGAUAUUUUCCUCGACAGAUACUGUUUGCACACUGCAGGUCAUAAGCCAGGAUGAGACACCUAGGUUGUACAGUUUAGUGUUUGGGGAAGGAGUAGUCAAUGAUGCAACAUCAGUUGUGCUUUUCAAUGCUAUAAAGAACCUGGAUGUUAGUCAGCUCAAAGGCGGGGUAGCGCUAAAAGUUAUUUCAGAUUUUCUCUACCUGUUCUUCACUAGCACUGUGCUUGGAGUUACGAUUGGGCUAUCAACUGCUUAUGCUCUCAAAGCCCUGUAUUUUGGUAGGCACUCCACUGACAGGGAAGUAGCCUUGAUGGCUCUCAUGGCUUAUUUGUCAUAUAUGCUGGCAGAGUUUGUUGAUCUGAGUGGGAUUAUGACCGUCUUCUUUUGCGGUAUUGUCAUGUCUCAUUACGCAUGGCAUAAUGUGACAGAAAGCUCAAGAAUCGCAACCAGGCACAUAUUUGCAACCCUGUCAUUUAUCGCUGAGACAUUCAUCUUUCUUUAUGUUGGGAUGGAUGCACUUGACAUUGACAAGUGGAAAACAUCAGAGACAAGCUUUAAAACAUCACUUGUUAUCUUUGGCAUCAUCAUAUCACUGGUUUUACUAGGAAGAGCUGCAUUUGUUUUCCCUCUAUCCAUUAUGUCAAAUUACAUGAGCAGGAGUUCCGAAAGGACGCCAAUCACAUUCAAGCAUCAGGUUGUGAUUUGGUGGGCCGGCCUCAUGAGAGGAGCUGUUUCAAUUGCACUAGCAUAUAAUCAGUUCACCUUUUCAGGUGUGACACUGGAUCCAGUUCAUGCAACCAUCAUCACCAGCACAAUCAUUAUAGUAUUUUUCACCACUCUGGUGUUUGGUUUCUUGACAAGGCCUCUUAUAAGCGCCAUGCUCCCGCGACACCGGCCAUCGACGACACCGGGGGCCGGGGCCGGAGGAGGCAUCAACUCUCCAAAGGAUGACCUGAUCCUGCCAUUCCUCUCGCCUGAAGAUCAGGCAUCAGGUAGUGGCAGUGGCUUCCUCCAGGCCAAGAGGAGCAUAUCCAUGCUCCUGGAGAGGCCUGUCCACACGGUGCACAUCUACUGGAGGAAGUUUGAUGACAAGUUCAUGAGGCCAAUCUUCGGUGGACCGAUGGACCAUGACCGUGCUAACUACUCCUGAUCAUGCAGAAAGAGUUUGCCAUACUACGGCGACUGGAAGAAGAGCAAGUUUGUUAGAUAUUAAUCUUGUUGUUUAAAUGUGAAAUCAUAUAUAGCUUUGUUGCAUGUCAUUUUGGAUUAAGGCAGUGGCUUAAUUCCCUUUAGCUGUGUGUGUGUGGCAUCAUGAGUUCAUGACGUAGAGAGCUGAUGAGCAUUCAGAAGUUGAGUGCAUACACAUGCAUGUAUAAUUGGAGUUAGUUAGCCAUGCAUGUAGCCAUGUAGGUGAUUAGCGGCCAUGCAUUGUGAUUAGCCAAGUCUUGAGCAUGUUCAAGUUUGGAGUAAGAAGUAAGAAGCAGGCUACAGGCAGUCCGUGCAUGUGCAGUUAGUUUGCUUUGGAUUCUAGUGUGUGUGGUUGCAUGCAGUAGCAAUGUGCUCCAGUUCAUAAUGCGCAAGGCCCUGCUGCUGAACGUGUGUGUUUUAUGUGUUCUGUUUCUAGCACUGUAUCCAUCAUGUUUGAGAAGAAAAAACAGAAAUA